UUGGCAGUAGUGGGGAUUGAUCGCAGACGCUCGCGCAGCUCUCUCGCGCGCGUUCUUUCUCUCUUUCUCUCUCUCUCUCUCUCUCUCUCUUUCUUGUACCAAGAAAGCAAAGCAGUGGAGCGCGCGCGCGCGUGUGUGGUGUGCGUGUGUUGGCUCGAGGCCUGGAACAGAGAGCGAGCGAGCGUUUCUCCGAAAACAGUAUAGUCCAGGAGUGCGAGCGAGCGACAUCGCUGCUGUGUGCUGUUGCGUCGUGUGCACAAGUGUAUCUAACCUCGAACACCGUCGUCGCGGCGACGGCAAAGAUAACGUGCAGCUUUCCGUUGCGGCCCUGCUCGUCGCAGGUUAAAGUUGCACCACUUGUUUCAGCAUUAUAUCUCGGCAUAGUGUCUGUGUGUUACGCGUGAGUGAGAGGAGCCAUCGCUUGUUUUCCUCCUCUCUCUUGGUCUUUGGCGCGCAUGUGUGUGGUGUGUGCGUGAGUGCGUAGGCGCAUUCUUACUCCGAACAACAGACAUGUCUAGGCGGAUGGAUUCGCCGUCGCAGUUAUCCAGGUGACGGGAAAAAGGAGACGAAGAAGCCGCGCGAUCGCAGUGGCGAUGCAACGCCGGACGUGCGCUGAGCUGUUGGACGACAUGGAGUCGAGGCGGCGGAGAAGGCUGCCUCCGCUGGCCGGCGGUACCCCGCCGCCAAUGCUGCUGCUGCUGUUGCUGCUGCUGCUCAUCGUCCUCGUCGACGCCGCCGCCGCUCAGUGUGCCCGUGGCAUCCAGACCCCUGGACGAACCUGGCCGGCCGGCGACAUUGUGCUGGAGCACGGGAACCCGCUGCACAUUCAGUGCAUUCUGAGCGAGACGGCGGCCGACACGUACCCGGGGGUGAACUCGUCCAGCCUGGUGUUCUUCAAGGGGCCGCGCGAGAUCGAGCCCGAGUACGUGAGCGUGAUCAACGCCACGGCCGUGCAGCUGUACAUCGCACGGCCGGCGCCCGAGAACGCCAUGUACUACUGCAAGCUCAAGCUCGACCGCAGCCUGCACGACAAGGACCACGAGGCCGUCUGCCUCAACAAGGUCGUCGUCGGAUUCAAGCCGCAGGAGCCGCGAGUGUUCGACUGCUGGUCGAACAACUGGCAGAACAUGACAUGCAGGUGGGAGCCGCCACACAACUACGUGGACACGGACUACACCAUCACGUUCAAGCUGCCGGGGCGGGCGGGCAACCGCAAGCUCUACCCCUGCCCCACCGACAAGGACAAGGACGAGCACAAGGACGACGACAAGAAGAAGAAGCUGGCCAGGCCGCGCAACUCUUGCUUCUGGGGUCCGUCCACCGACCCCAUCUACCGGCAGCCGUACGAGUACUACACCUUCUUCCUCACCGGCUACAACGUGCUGGGCAACUGGUCGGGCACCUUCAAGUUCCACCACUACGCCCAUGUUAUCCCGGCGAAGCCGACCAACUUCACGGUGGUAAACAAGACGCUGGACAGCGUGCUGCUCCACUGGGACGUAGCCUUCCCGAUGCAGACCUUCCCGCCGGGAAUGCAUCACCGAGUGGCAUACCAGAACCAAUGGGAUAGCCAAGACGAGUGGCAGAUAAUCAACAUCACCGAUGACUGCCACGUUAGCAACAGGUACUACAACUUAACCAGCCUCAAAUACGCCAACACUAUCUACGACAUCCGCGUGUGGGUCAAGAGCGCCGUGGCCGUCGGCGAGACCAAGUGGAGCAACUACAGCGACGUGACUUUCCGUACGCCCGCGCAAGUACCAGGCAGACCUCCGCGCACUGACGUGGGCAGCUUCGAGAUCACCGAGAGCAACCAGAACCGCGACAUCUACCUCUACUGGCAGACCAUACCGGCCUGGCUCGAGAACGGCAACAACUUCCGAUAUCACGUCACGCGAGUGGUCGAGAACGGACAGAGCGUCAUACUCGCGCCCAACGAGACCACGCGCACCUACGCCAGAUUCCGCGGACUCGCCCACGAGAAGAGUUACCACUUCGACAUUGUCACCGUCAACGACGUCGGCCAGCACGACUCUCCCGCCAGGAUUUACGUGCCUAGUCGAAAUUCGCUGCCCAAGGAGCCGAUAGCGUUCACAAAGAUCGCUUUUGAAGACGGCUUGUACGAGUUAUCUUGGAAAGCGCCGAUCGGCGGUGACAAAGAGAUAACGAACUACACGAUCUUCUGGUGUGAGAACGACCGUGAUCGGCCUUAUCAAUGUCAAGGCUAUCUCGAGUGGAUUCAUGUACCGAAGCACUCUCGAGUACACAACAUUACCGUACCCGACCCCAAGAGAGUUUAUCAGUUCGCUAUUUCGGCCAAUACCAAGUACGCCAGUAGUGGCAUGAUGUGGGCAUCUUGUACGGUCAUACAUAACAAGGUGGUUGGCAAAAUGAAAACCGUAUGGAUCAACCGAAUCGGCUCGACGACCAUCGAAGUUGGCUGGAAGCUCGACUGCUCCGAUCGUAUCGGAAUCGUCGAUGGCUUCAGGAUUUACUACUGUCCAAUCGUAUCCCCUUACAAUUCCAAAUGUAAGGAACCCAUGCAAAAUAGCACGAUCAAAGCGGAUUUGAAUACCAUUAGGGGAGAGGUACAGGGUCUGAAACCUUACACCACCUACAUGAUCGCUGUAUCAGUCGUUACCAAGAAUGGCGAAGGCCAACAAAGCGAUCCACUCUACAAUACAACGCUCGAAUCUCCGCCAAGUAAACCUCCGAGCGAUGUCGUUGUCAGUCAAAUAACCAACAGCACUGUACAUCUCAAAUGGAAGCCGCCUAUAGCUAUGAACGGCGUACUUCGCUACUAUUUGGUGUACUACAAUGACUUGAUCAAGAAAGUCGAAGAAGUGCCCGAGGUCGGGCUCGACCAACUCGUGGCCGCACACAAUUACAGCAUCAGAGUGUCCGCUUGUACCGUCGGAUGCAGUGAAAAGUCUUCGCCUGUUUAUGUUUUCACGGAUAUUGGUGUGCCCGACAAGAUUCAACCCCCGCUGGUUAGGUUCGUCAACUCCAGUCAGGUCAAAGUACUCUGGCCAAAACCGCAUCGUACCGCUGGGCCUAUCAACUACUAUCAAGUCAAGAGCAACGACGGCGAAAUUCUCAAUACUACCACUCAAGAGGCUUCGAUUGGAAUACCCGAUUGCAAAACUGUCGGCAGAGAGAAGCUCUACAAGUUUCAAGUCAGAGCUGUCAACAUUGCGCCGCACGGCGAACAUCUGUAUGGUAAUUGGUCUGACGCUGGCGAAGGAAACUGCUUCAGCAACGGCCCCUCUUACCGUGUUUGGGUUGUUAUUUGGGUUAUCGGCAGCAUAUGCGGUAUUGCAUUUGUCUUUUGCGUUGCUUAUUCAUCCAAAAGGGUAUGGGUCAAAUGCAAAGCUAUGCAAGACGUCGAAGUUAAGCUUCCACCAGGUUUAGCUCCAAAUAUGCAGAAACUUCUGCAAAAGGGAGGUGACCAACACAUACGACAGCCAUCAGCGGACUCAAGUGGGUGCUCAACGGGUCAAGAUUCCGUGACCUCUUCACUCACUUCCGAAUCGCAAGUGUCAAAUGACAGUGGUGCCGUUGACGUCGACCCAACUACCUCAAACGAUAAGCUGAUAAUUGAUGCCACAACAAAUUCAACUUCCUCGCCUGCUUGGGAAUCGUCGAGUCUACGUCAACGAAACGUAGCUGGAUCAAAGUUCAGUUCCGAUACGACUACCAGAUGGGAUCCAUACGUGAAAGUGGCUAAAGGUUCCAGUGACCUCGUUAUGCCAUCAACCCAAGUCGCAGAUUCGCUUUCUCUAGCUAGGUCUACGCCUAAUCUAAGCGAUAAUUUAGGAUACAAUGCUUCACCGCAAACCUGGUCGUCGACGGGUUAUAUAAGCAUGCCUUCAUCCGAGGAGAUGUCGUGCAACUCGAGUCCAGUUCCUAGCAAAACUUCAGUCGUAGGUAGCUACAGUGUAGUUGGUUUACCCUCGAAGUCAUCUCUGCGUUGCAAGUCUGAGGAAAAAACGUGCAACACUCUGACAAAGACUGAGCUAGAAAGUAAAAAAAACCCUUACGUGAGCAUUGAUUUGCUCAAGCAAACACCGAAAGAUCAACUCACCAAACGCGCCUUGGACUCUUUACAAGUCUUCGACGAUUUAAAGUUCGACACAACGAAUAAGCAUCUAGAACCGGAGAAGCUUUCGAGGCCGUAUGUUCAAGCAGCAAUGCUCGAGUCGAAGAAGUCUCCAUUUGACGCGAGGCAGAAAGCACAGCCAACGCCUAACUUUUUCGUUCAGACUACCCUUGCCGAGGAUCUCGCCAGUAAACUUAGUCCUAAUCAGAUGUCCGACACGAAACCCUACGUGACGGUCGGAGCUAUUCCCGAACUCGUCGCAAGCAAGCCUACAGCUAAUAUUCUGCCAAGUGCUUCAACAACCAAGCUGAUGGAAACAAAGUCGAACGCGGGCUACACGGCAGUUGGCUUGCUGCUCGAUACCAAGAACAACGAUGUUUCUCAAUUGGCGAUGCCCAUGUUGCAUCCGGAAUUCGAGACAUCCUCUUCUGCUGAUGAAACUGAUAACGAACAGACUUGUUUGUAUCCAUCACUGGAUCUUGAAAUGAAUGAUGACACGCUGUCGAGUACGUCCAGCUUACCAGCGUCAACGUUCACGGUUUGCUGGCAGCCGCCAAACGACUCGGCAAAAUCUCCGUCGGAGUACGCGCAGCCACAGCAACUGACGAAAACGACGUCGGGUUAUGUGACGUUACCUGAACAGCAAAAGCCAGUGCCAGCCAGUCGAUUUGCCGCGCAGAGCAGUUCGACCGAAGAACAAUACAGUAAGGUAGCGGUCGUACCUCGAGCAGUACACUAAUGCUUCCUUUGAAUUAAUGAGCUUGAGAAGCUGGGCACUUUUCGACUUUUCUCCUUGUCAUUGUGUGUACUAGAGUUGCUAGCCAGAAGACUCGUCUUUCUAAGACACCUUGUAAACAUUUUGGGUGAAUCAGCAGAUUCGUGUUAAUCUCUAAUACUUUUAACGAACGUCGGAUUAUUAUUUUUUCUUUUUUUUUUUCUCUAUUUUCUACCUAGGAUUCUAAUAAGGUUUGGUUGGCAACUUUAAUUUCUGUUACAACAUGUUUCCGUGAUAAGAGCUGUUUCAUUUUGUUCAUGAGUGUCUAUUAUAUGAAUGUUUAGAAGAAUAUUGUAAAAAGCGUAUUUUUAAUAUGGUUAUCGAGUUGACAGUUCUUGUCAUGGGAAUGCAAUGUAUAUAAUAAUUUUUCGACUUUGUACAAAAUGUAGCACUAACGCGUUAAGAGUGUGUAGUAAUAAUUAUACCUUAACAUCAUGAUUGUAAAUGAUUUUUUAAAAUAAGUAACAUUUAAAAUCAUUAUUAAGAAAAAUUAAUUAUCAAUUGAAUUAAACACUGUUCUAUUGUUAAUAUUUUGGAAGCAUUAAAAUGAAAUUCUGAUUCGUAAAUACUUCAAUCUUGAAAAAAUUACAUACAAUUAUGAUGAUCGCGAGAAGUUUAAAUGGUAUUAUGUGGUAUUCCAAGUGAAUCAAAAUAUACUGGUGCUAGAUUAUAUGAACCUUACUUAUACCGACUCUGAUUACUUUGUCGAAGUGGUUACAAUUCAUCUUUAAAACUAUGUAGUUGAUAGUUUACUUGAAUGAUUUAUUUAUUUAAUUAGCUUUGGAGAUGAAUUACAACUGAUUUCGAAAAUCUAACCUUUUAAAUGCAGACCUUGAUUUCGUCAUCAAUUUUCGACGCUCCUAAUUGUACGAAUGUGCAUCAGUUGAUGAUAAUUCGUUAAGUUUCUAAAGACAUACUGAUGUGAAUCAAUUGUGAAUUGGCUGAAUGUACUGCGUUACUUUUAAUUCAAUAAUACGACAUGAUUAGCCUACUUUGUCUCUUGGAUUAUUCAUUAAAAGAUCUUUUAUACGUUUGCUAUAAUCAAUGCGUCACGGAAAUUGUAUAAAUUAUUCGUUAUCAAUUGAAAAAUAGACAAUGAGAUUUUUUAUAAGUAUUCACACAAUUUGUUCACAUCACACUUCUGUAACAAUAUUUUGCUUUAUGUUUUACCAGCGAUAACCUACUGUGUAAAAUAUUCGUGUAUGGUCAAUCGUGCUCAGUUUCUCUAUAGACAUAGUGAAUAAAAUUCAUAAGACUUUGAAAAUGAGAGCAUGAAAGAAACUUUAAGGUAAUCGCUGUACAAUCUGUCAUUGAUUGUAUCCAGAUAAAAAUAGUUUCAAUCUCAAUGUUGUUGCGUAAGAAAUCACAAAAUUAUGUACAAAUCGCGACUUUUGUAUCAGUUUAUGACGAAAGUUAAAUUUAGAUAUAAGAUAAAUCAAGAAGCAGGUUGUCUUUUUUCAAUCUCGGAGAAGCCGAUACACUUUCAAUACAAAAGUUGUUUUCGUAUGCUAAAUUCAUAAUACUAACAAGUUUUUGAAUAAUCAAUGUAACAAUAUAAUGCAUGUACGCAUAAUAUGUUAAGCUAGUCAUUAGAAUUGACACUAUUGACGAGUUCCCACUUCCAUUCGAAUGUCAUAUUUUUCUAUUUCUCCAUUUUUCUCACUAAUUCGUCCGUGCACGUGUUAGAUUGAUUCUUGUUACAAAGUUCAUAAAACAUUGUACAGUUUUAUAAGAAAAAAAAAAAUAAAUAUAAUUUUUUUAAAAAAGUUAAACUGUUAUUUAAAAUCGAUAAGUGACCGACUUUUACAACGACAAAGAACUUCGAAGGAACUCGUCGACGCGUUUGUCAAAAGAUCAUACAUUGACUUUGAUUCAAAUCCUACGUAACAGAAGUCGAGCCAAUUAUUGAGAACGAAAAGACUAACGCGCUAUAAACGAGCUUAUGUAUUUACACACGUCAAUUAGCAACGUACCAGAACAAAAACUAAAAUCAAGUAGAUGACAGAUGGAAUCUUUUUCUUCCCUUGCAUUCAGCUAGAGAAUGAAAAAAGAUGAUCUAGAAACAAAGAGAAGCUUAGAGAGAAAAACAACACUUAUUUAAUGGCACGAGCUUUAUAUGCAAACUCAUGUACACAUACUUUUAUUGAACACACCGUCCGAUUAGAAGUUGAAUUAGAAACUAUAACGGUGUAUCCUAAUUUUUUACGUAUAUUUCUCUGUCUAUUGUACAUAAUGUCUUAUUAUAUAUUUUUGUUAAAUAUUUAUAAAUAUCAGAAGUACUUUAUAUUGCACGGAUUAGCGAAAGAAGAAGCUAUAUAUAUAAUAGUAGAGACUAGGAGAAAUCCUCUUUAAUAUAAGAAAAAAAAUUAAGAAAAAGAAGAGAAAAAACCUUUAAGUUGAGUAUUAAAGAAAAUAUCGUUGUAAAAAAUAUAAAAUAUAUUGAGAUUUUUUUAUUAUUUAAACGCCAACUUUGUAUAAUUUAGUUGAUUAUUGAACAAUAAGAUUAAGUGGCUAUCUGAUAAGUAUCAUUUAUUUAUAUUUUAUUAUAAUAUUGCUUCUAAGGAAUAACAAUUUGCAAUGUGCAUCGCUGCACUUGGCGUCGGAGAUGAAAAAUUUAUAUUGUUUUUUUUUUUAAAUACAACAUUGUAAUCUAUAAAAUUUAGAUAAUUUAUGUAUGCUAUAUUUAGGUACAGAAAAUAAGUUUUUUCAUUUAUCAAAAAAAAUGUUGAUAUGUCUUUGCGUUGUGAACAGUGGUCUUUGGAGUUGUGAUAACGAGUGUUUUUUACAACAAUUAGAUAUUUUUCGUGACGCGAUUUUUGUGCAAUUAAACAUCUAGAGAAAGCCACAGAAGCUACAAUAAAAUGUUUUUCCACACACACAUACAUGUAAAUAUAUUUUAACGUACAAAGGCGAAGUAAUCACGACAACGAAUUUGAAACAAGAAGCACUAUGAACGCGCGUAACGAACAAAUUGAGACGGACAGCAGGCAUCUAUAAGAUUUUGUACAAAUGUAUUCUGUAUAAAUAUGACUUUCUUACGCGACUGUUCGUCGCGUUUUUAUUAUUUAUUUCUCUCAUGAAAGUGUGAGUUAUGCUUAAGCGAGCUUGACGAACGUAACAGCCGAGUAAUAUAUAUAAUAUAAUAUAUGUAAGGAGCGACGUUGCGAGUCGUUGAUUGUUUGCGCACCUGGUAUGAAUGGGAAGAAGAAAGGAUUUCGUCGGCGUCUUGUCUGUUCGUCGUGGCGCUGCGCAAUUCCCAACGACGGAAUGCCAUGGAAGCUUGCCAUUUUGGAUCGCGAAGUGACUCGCGAUCGAGAGAGAAUGAGAGAGAGAGAGAGAGAGAGAGGGAGAGCAUGAGGCGACAGACGCAACGCACCGUGUGUUUUGCAUGAAAAGAACGAUAAUUGUACUUGGCCACGUUUGAUGAACGACGAGCGAUGAAACUUUGGCGACAAGCUCGUUCCGUUGUUCGUCACCGGAAUCAUCGAAGUGCGCUUGUCAACAGCCUUACUUUGUAGUUACUGUAUCUAUCGAAAUAAACGGCAUUUGUAUUGAACGCACACUCGGCUGCCUUUGAUUAUUUUCU